UGAACCUGUUGGGCCAUCUUUCCCCCCUCUCUUACAUCUUUCGCCACCUUUUGCUGCAGCCGGGACGCUAAACAGAGGCCCGCAUCUUGUCACCGACCCUCACUUCACUGUGUAACUUGGUCUCUUCGUACCCUGCACACCUACUUCCGCGUCCAUCCAUUCAUCUGUCGUUUCCGUCCUGCCGUCUUGGGUGUUGUAACCUUCCUGACCUCUUGGUCCCAUCUAUAAACAACCCGGAGCACCUCACACAUCCCCAGUCGCCACCAUGACUUUCGACAACAAGUACGACCAACACCUAGAAGAGGGAUUGCUGCCCGUUGCUGUCAACGAGAAGGGGACCACGACGACAUCGACACCAUCCAGGACACCGAACAAGAUGACUGCUGCACGCCGUGUUCUGCUCACCGUCUUGGUGUGCGGCUUGAUGACCUUCAGCCUCGCCUCGGCCAUUGGUCACCGGGCAAGACCUUGCACGAGAGAUCAUCAGGAACAGGUCCUGGUGGCAGAGGGCGAGGUCAAGGACGCCGCCAAAGUGGAUCUCAUUCACAGGCUCCUCCACGCCUACUUCCCCGACCGCUACCAGGAUGGUGUCUAUGCCUCGGACAAGGAGGCCAUUGCUGCUUUCCAGGCGGACGACGCCGACCUGGCUUCUGCUCUCGGGCAGCUAGAGAAGCGUCAGGACAAUGGCACCUCGAGCGCUGCUCCGGCUGCUACUCCUACGCCAUCGGCCACCGAAGCUGCCACGCCAUCCGCCUCGUCUGCCGCGCCGACCAGUGACACCCCCACCCAGACCCCGACUCCGACCCCGACGCCGUCUACUCCGGCCACCACCUCCGCUGCUCCCCCGGCGUCCUCCUCCGCAGAGGUCCAGCAGUCCUCCAGCACGCCGCAACAGACUUCGGCAGCGCAGACCACACCCCAGCAGUCAUCGCAGCAACCCGCGGCCUCAAACACCCCAACGACGCAACCGACCUCAGCAGCAGCAGCCCCUACUUCUGGUACGUCUCAAUCUUCGGAGCCGCAGCAAGCAUCUCCCUCUUCUACUACUGUUGGGCCGUCCGCCGCCUCUACUGAGUCUCCUCCGACGACCAGUGGGUCUCCUUCCUCUUCUUCUUCUCCCCCUCCCCCUUCUUCUGCCCCCUCGUCCGCUCCCACUACGGCCUCCCCGGGGUCUUCGAGUGCGUCCGCGCCGGGUACGUCUGCUUCCUCUUCUCCUGAGACUACUACGGUCGUGACGACCUCGUCCCCCGCGAUUUCCACUGAGUCUGUGUCGUCGACUGUGUCUGUGUCUGUAUCUGGCACCACCCGCCAAGGCACCACCACCACCACCACCACCCCUCGCCGGACCACCACUUCGUACAGCGAGGUCAAGUCUACCUUUACGUCAACCGCCUCCAACGGCGACGUUGUCCUCGUGACCGCCACCUCCUUUGUCGCCGUCGAUCCCGAACCGGCCGCCACCUCUGGGUCCGGUUCCGGCGGCAGCAGCGGUAGCGGCGGUCUGCAAAACGUCGCCGUCCCCAUCGGCCGCGUCUCCGUCCUGCCCAUUGGUCUUGCUGCCUUUGUAGCCGGCGCCAUGCUGUUGCUGUAAAUUGUCACAGCAGCGGCUGAGCGAACAAGCAUGUUUUACAUCGUACACGUUGACGACUUUCUGUUUAAAUAUUUAAUCCAUUCCUUUUUUUGGGCAGCGGGUUGGUUGGGCGGCACACACACACACACACACACACACACACACACACACAC